AUGAGUAACGUCGUCUCAGAGAAGCCGACCUCCUUUUCGGAGAUCGAGGCACAGAAUUCCGAUGUCAAGCACGUUCAAGAUGUUGUCGAGAAGGUCGAUUAUAACAGGGCGGGUGCGAUCGAGGCAGAGAACAUCGAACACCGGAUGAGUGUGCUUGAGGCUGUCCGAGCAUACCCUGCUGCCAGCUGGUGGGCAUUCGUCAUGUCAGCCACCAUUAUCAUGGAGUCAUACUGUGUCUUCCUGAUGGGAAAUUUUAUAGCCACGGCUAAAUUCGCCGAGAAUUACGGUGUAUACAACGCCCAACAGAAAAAAUGGCUCAUCACAGCUCCCUGGCAGUCAGCAUUCCAGUGUGGCGGACCAGUUGGUGCCUUCAUCGGUGUCUUCCUGGCAGGUCCCAUAACCAGUUGGAUCGGAUAUCGAUGGGCAACGAUUGGUGGCCUCAUGGCCUUGAACGCUUUCAUCUUCAUUUUCUAUUUCGCCAAUUCCCUGGGAGUGUUGCUACUGUCCCAGCUUCUGGAAGGCAUUCCCUGGGGCAUCUUUAUCGCGAACGCACCGGCCUACUGCAGUGAGAUAGUGCCACUGAGAUUGAGAGCUCCUGCGACACAGAUGUUGCAAAUGUUCUGGGCCAUUGGAUCAAUCAUUGUCGGUGGCAUCACCUAUCACUACCAAUCCAUGGACAGCGACCAGGCGUACAGAGUUCCCAUCGCUCUCCAAUGGAUGUUUCCUACUCCUCUUGCUAUCCUCCUCUUCCUGGCACCUGAAUCACCCUGGUGGCUGGUGCGAAAGGGCCGUCUCGCAGAGGCAGAGAAGUCCGUCAGACGCCUCGGACGUGCGGGCGCAACUGAUAAUCCCGGUGACUCAGUCGCAAUGAUGCGUCGCACGAUUGAGCUUGAGAAGACCGAGAAGAAACCCAGUCUCAUCGAGCUGUGGAAAGGCACCGAUCGCUACCGCACACUCAUUGUGUGUGGUGUGUAUGCGGCUCAAAAUCUGACUGGUAAUUUGAUCGCCAACCAGGCAGUCUACUUCUUCCAGCGCGCCGGCAUGGCCGACAAUACCGCAUUUGCCCUUGGUCUCAUUACCUCUGCCCUCCAGUGGAUCAUGGUUAUGCUCUCUUGGAUUCUUACAACUUACCUAGGCCGACGCACCAUCUACGUCUGGGGUUCUUUCAUCAACUGUGCGUUUUUGAUCGCCCUUGGUAUUGCAGCUUCAGUUGGUGGCGGUACUGCGGCUACCCAAGCGCAAGCAUCACUUGGCCUGAUCGUCUCUGUCCUGUUCUGCUUGGGACCCGCUCCUGCCUCAUGGGUCAUCAUCGGAGAGACGUCUUCUAUCCGUCUGAGGCCAUUGACAACCGGUGUCGGACGUGGUGCCUACUACGCUGUCAACAUCCCUUGUAUCUUCCUGGCCAGCUACAUGCUCAACCCCGACCAGGCAAACCUCGGUGGCAAGUGCGGCUACGUCUGGGCGGGCACUGCGUUUGUCUGCACGGUCAUGGCUUGGAUCUGGAUUCCAGAGAUGAAGCACCGAUCUUACCGCGAGAUUGACAUUCUGUUCAAACGUCGUGUCCCCGCUCGCAAGUGGAAGAAGACGGUUGUCGACAUCAACGACGACGAAUGA